AUGGAUUUGUCCAUACCUAGAAUUAAGUUUGAAACAGAAGAUUACUUUGACGAUGAUUACGAGAUCGAACCAACUGUGGCAGAUAGCGGGUCAGGAGUGGCGGCGGGUGUGGCGGCUGUGGCGACUGUGGCUGCGGGUGUGGCUGUGGCGGGUCGGCAGCGGACGGGCGGCACGACGACGGCGCACAGCAAGCAGCUGGCGGCGGCCGGGGCCAACCCGGCCCAGCCGCAAGUUCCUAUGUUACUAUACGUUAUAUUGUCCUGUAUGUUCCCAUGCUGCUGCGGUUUCUUCCCGUCUCCCGUUGUCGUGUCGUCACACUAUAUGCUCGCCGCCCAGGCUCCGGCUGUGGUGGUGAUGGGGACUACCAGCUGGUGCAGCAUGAGGUACGAGGUGUUGGAGUUCCUCGGACGAGGGACCUUCGGGCAGGUGGUGAAGUGUUGGAAGAAGGGCACCAACGAGAUAGUUGCCAUCAAGAUACUCAAGAACCAUCCCAGCUAUGCACGGCAGGGGCAGAUUGAGGUGUCGAUCCUGUCCCGCCUAUCCCAGGAGUCGGCGGACGAGUUCAACUUCGUCCGCGCGUACGAGUGUUUCCAGCACCGCUCACACACGUGCCUCGUGUUUGAGAUGCUGGAACAGAACCUGUACGACUUCCUCAAACAGAACAAGUUCUCACCGCUGCCCCUCAAGUACAUACGACCUAUACUGCAGCAGGUCCUCACCGCGCUGUUGAAACUUAAACAACUCGGUCUGAUCCACGCCGAUCUGAAGCCUGAGAACAUAAUGUUGGUGGAGCCGGCCCGCCAGCCGUACAGAGUGAAGGUGAUCGACUUCGGCAGCGCCUCGCACGUCAGCAAGGCUGUUUGCAACACAUACCUGCAGAGCAGAUACUACAGGGCCCCCGAGAUAAUCCUUGGGCUAGCGUUUUGCGAGGCCAUCGACAUGUGGUCGCUGGGCUGCGUGGUCGCCGAGCUGUUCCUGGGCUGGCCGCUGUACCCGGGCUCGUCCGAGUACGACCAGAUCAGAUACAUAUCACAGACACAGGGCCUGCCCACCGAGCACAUGCUGAACAGCGCAUCAAAGACAGCCAAGUUCUUCUAUCGCGACGUGGACAGUACAUAUCCGUUCUGGAGGCUAAAGACUCCCGAAGAACACGAACUGGAAACGGGCAUCAAGAGUAAGGAGGCUAGGAAGUAUAUCUUCAACUGUCUCGAUGAUAUAGGACAGGUCAACGUUCCGACGGAUCUCGAAGGCGGACAGCUUUUGGCAGAGAAAGCGGAUAGAAGGGAAUUCAUUGAUUUACUGAAGAGGAUGCUUACUAUGGACCAAGAGCGCCGCAUUACCCCCGGAGAGGCUUUGAACCACGCGUUCGUGACACUCGCACACCUAGUGGAUUAUGCACACUGUAAUAAUGUUAAGGCGUCCGUACAGAUGAUGGAGGUCUGCCGUCGUUCAGGUAGCGGCGUGGGCGGUGUGGGCGGCGUGGGCGGUGUAGGUGGCGAGUACGUGGGCGGUGUGGUGGCGCCCGCCGCGCCCACCGCUCACCACCUCGCGCUCACUAUCAACCAGCAACGACUCAGGGCUGCUCCAUACGAUAACCUGUACCAGUUGUACGGCGGCGGUCGUGUGGCUGUAGGCGGAGGCAGACAGUUCACGCGCGCUCCUGAUCCUUUCCCUCAUCAGUUCGUGUCAUCUAUACUGUGUCAGCCGGCCUAUCAGGUCCAACAGCUGGCUGCAGCGGCGGCUGCGGCUGCGGCGGCCCAUCACCAGCACGGUGUGGGCGGCGUGGGCGUGGGCGGAGUGGGCGUUGGUGUAGGCGUGGGCGACGUGGGCGAGUGGCGCGCACCGCUCAUUGUGGAGCCAGCGCCGCUUCCUGAACCGGAAGUGUGGGACUUCCAUCAUCAUCACCCGCAUCAUCAUCAUCCUCACAAGAGAUCGACCAAGCAACAAACGAGCGGCGUGCCUCACUACCAGCCGCCGCACCAAACGCUUCAAUACAGUAUGGCGAGCGGUGGCGGUAAGAAAGAGGCAACGCAGCUGUCUCCCGUCAAGAAGAGGGUGAAGGAAGGCACUCCGCCCUCCAGGCAUAGGCAGGACAACACUGUUCGUUGUAACCAGUGGGAGGCGGGCGGCGCGCACACCAUCACUAUCAGAGACACGCCGUCACCCGCCGUGUCCGUCAUCACCAUCUCUGAUAGUGACGAUGAUGACUCACGACACGACAGGGGGGCAGUCGUGAAUCCCCCGUCGAUGGUGGCGCCCCCUCCUGCCAGCGUGAUCUGUAACGCGCGCAGCCCGCGGGACGAGCGACACGUGAAACACGAGCCGCAUCACGCGCACCAAUCAUGCCAUCACCACACGCAGCCGCAGCAACCUCAACAACAGACGCAACAGCAACAACAGCAACAGCCUCAGCAGCAACAACAACAGCCACAACAGCCCCGCCAGCCGGCCGGGCCGCAGGUGACGCCGCAGAGCCAGAAGAAACGACUGUUGGCUCUGGCGCAACAGGAACAGGCGAAGAUGGAACAUCACGACAUACAACACUACCACCAACAGAGCGGCUCGAGCGUCCGGCCGAGCGACUACCAGUGUAACCAAUACGUGCCGACACAACACAAUAAGAGGGACAGCAGCGGAGGUUGUCGCGAGUACUUGCCCGUGAGCGCGGCCGUGAGCGGCGUGAGCGGGGUGACGGCGGUGAGCGGCGUGGGCGUGGGCGGCGUGGGCAUGAGCGUGAACGUGGGCCCUCCCGCCGCUCACAAACACGCACACGCCUGGCACCAUCACCCACAUCCACACUAUAAGAGCAGUGUGGGCAGUGGUGUCGGCGUGGGCGUUGGCGCUGGCGUGGGCGUGGGCGGCGGAGUGUUGUCCCCGGGCGGAGUGUCCCCCGGCUACCUGGCGCCCCCGCUAUAUGUGCCCACAUACCACUAUCACACUGGCGGUGUGAGCGGCGUGGGCGGUGUGGGCGGCGUGGGCGCCGUGGGCGGUCCUCCUCCCGCCCACCACGGCAGCGGCGCGCGUCUCCCCGGCUACCUACAGCCGUACUCCCCCACGUACCUGGUGCCGCAACAUCCUCAGCAGCAUCUGUGGUACACGGACUAA